AAAAGUAUAAUAUAGAAUUGUGCACCAAGCUGUCCUAUAACGGCGUCCAUUUAGGCUUCUUCGAGAUCCGCAGUAGCUUCAUCUAAUGCGUCCGCAGAGCAGCAACCAGGCAGAGAACCAGCGGGACGCGGCUAACUACAGGGCAGAGUUGGAGCGUCUACUUCACGUCUACGAGCCAGGCAACGAGGCGUCGGCGGCGCAACUCCUGGAGACGUACGCGGGCAUGGAACAUGAGCUGAUCGAGUGCUAUCGACACUAUUACGCAGGCAAAGACAGCUUCCGUGUGGCCCUGGACGAUAACCAGGACGUCACCGGCUCGCCGCGCGUCUCGUCGCCCGGGCCGUUGCAUCUGCCCACGUCGGCUAUCGGUACCUAUCUGCAGGCCAAGCUGCAGUCGAGACGGGGCGGCGCGGCCCGCAACGCCAAGCUUGAAGAUGUGCGUGGCCCCACAGCAGCCGAAAGCCCCAAUAGGAGACGCCCCGCUGCCGUCGUACCGCGACGACGAGCCACCAGCGAGGCCGGCGCGCUCAGCAGCUACGAAGACCAAGACGAGCUGCUUCCACGCCGACAAACUUCAGCUCCAAGGAUAUGACCAUUAUUAUAGCAAAUGUACGUAGUUUAGCCGUGAGGGCUCGAUGAACUGUAACACGUGAUCCUUGAAAUGGUCGUGUAUGGACUGCGGCCUUUGACGCUGCCCCGUCGAGGCGCUUGACUCUCACCGAAAGUGUCUGAGCUUGUACAAGCAAGAGAAGGGGGAGGUGAUGCUGGUUGCAGGCUUUUGCACAACGGAGGCGACCAAGAUGUCGGUGGUGCCGCUGUACAAGGGCUGAGGCGGCAAUCAACUCAUAGACAACAAAACUUAACUUCAAGGUUUCAAACAAACAUGUUCAUGCGGAUAGUGCUUUUGCGCCAA